UUUUUCCGACUCCCGUAAAGUUAGGGUGCCGUAGGAGAGUUUUGCAACUGGCCGAUAGGUGGCUUUGCAAAGGCAUCCAGGACAUGUACUUCGCGGAAGGAAGCAAAAUCACUUAAAUGUUGCCAUUUUUGUUUACAGAUUAUCGCACUAUGUUUACUUUUUGUGGCGGCAGCAUCAGCCACUAGUACAUGUGGGGAGUGUGGCGCUAACUACGUUGCAUGCAUAACUAAUACAACCUAUAAAAUUUGCACCGAGGAAGAUGGAUCAACAACUUGUGAGUAAUGACAAACUAAAUGCUAUUAGACUCCUUAAUAUUUAUUAGAGCAAUGUCCACACAUGCAUCUCGUUUUUUUACAGUAAGUCCCAUCGGUGAUGAUAUAUAUGAAUGUCAGGACGGUACAUACUGCACUAGUUCAGAUAAUGUCUGUGAGUCGGACCCAUCUUCAAGCAAUAACAUUAUUGUAUGUAACGAAUCAACUGCUUCGUGUGGCAGUAGUUGUCAGGGUAAGGCAAGUGGAAAGAUGAUUUGCUCAAGCUCAACACAAUUUGCCCUAUGUAUAAAUGAAGUCGCCUCCGAUCCAUUAUCAUGUCCAACAAAUCAAUAUUGCAGUGAGGAUCUAUACAAUUUUAAUUUGAAGAAAGUUUGUGCGCCACUGGAAACAUUGGAUUUCCUUGAAGCACAAAUAACAUGCCCUUCCACCGAGGAGAUAACUCCAACGACCCAGUCUACAACUCCAACAACAACGACAACGCAAUCACAAGCGUAUCUAUUAGGCGCAUGCAAUAAUUCGACUGAAACUAGUUAUUAUUUUCAAGUAGCAAAUCCGGCAAAUUGUAAUACAUACAUUUACUGUGAACGUAGUGGCUCAAGCUUCCUUGCAUUAGAGAUGAAUUGCAGAAGUGGUCUAUAUUACAGCGCAGCUCAGAAGAAAUGUAUUCAGGCGACAGAGUGUCCGAAUUAAUAUUUAUUAGUAAUCAGUAUGUACAUUUGUAUGUGCGAAUAUUUAUAGAUCGGAAAUCGUGAAAUUGGCACACAAAAAAAUUUAAAAAA